UCACUUGAGGAUGACAUUGUUUUCCUGAGUUCUUUACAUUCUUUUCUGGCUGGUUCUCAGAAGUUGUAUACCUGAUACUGUGGGCCCACAUCCUUCCUCAUGUUGGAUUCCAUACAAUGUGUUCUGAUCAAUUUGGCCAUUGACUACAUGUACCCUCCUACACGUACAUUGUUUGUUGCUGACAUUGUUGACUUCGUAUGUAAACGUACAUUACAUGCUGUGACCCCAAGGUCCGAAUCGACAUCUAUUGUACAUUUGUGAAUUGAACUGAAUAUUUCCUUGGAAAGGGGCAAUCACAAUUAUGGACUACAUGUUUGCUGAAUUUCGGUAAUCGCAAGUUGGAAAACACAAGUUUUAAAAAGUGGAAUAGUGUGCACUGUAAUUCUUUCACCAUGAUGAAAAAGUGCAAAGUCCUCUACGACUUCACGGGCGAAGCGGAGAAUGGGGAGUUGACGAUAUACGAGAAUGAGGUCCUACAGAUUGUCCGUCAGGACGUCGGCGAGGGAUGGUGGGAGGCUCGGAACCCCUCCGGCCAGCUUGGCCUGGUUCCAGAGGCAUACGUUGAGAUGAUUGAGGACAAUCAAGGCAGCCGUCAACUCACAACACAGCAAAGUACAGUUUCACAAGAAGACGAUUGGGAUGACGAAUGGGAUGACAGAGCUAGCCAAUCAAGCUAUGAUGCUCAGCAGCAGCAGGAAGUUACCAAUAGCAAUAGUACACAGGGAUUCACACAAUCUGAAUACAAUCAUGAUUCAGGUUUGAACGGAAAUAACUACGGGCUUUCAGCACCAAACCGACAAUUCAAACAGAGGAACCAUGAAUCAACGGUCCGGUCGGGGACGGUCAAAAAGAACUUUGCCAGUCGUUUCUCAGUAUUUGCGAAGACGGGAGGAGAGGCAUAUUUAUUAGGAGCAGCAUCAAAGAAAGGAGCAUCACCAGAUGGAAAUAUCAGAAUUAUUGAAGCAGAGGAUGGUCCAAGAUGGGAAGAGACGGUGGAUAAAUACACAUGCGAGAUUAAGAACCCCAAGAAAGAAAGUAAACUGAAGGGAAUGAAAAGCUUCAUCGCAUACCAAGUUACACCAUCAAAUACUGGCAUUCGGGUGAGCCGGAGAUAUAAACAUUUUGACUGGCUGUACGAGAGGCUAGCGGAGAAGUUCACACUUAUCAUUGUUCCACCUCUCCCAGACAAACAAGUAACAGGUCGUUAUGAGGAAGCUUUCAUUGAGAAGAGAAUGGAUCAACUACAAAGAUGGAUGAACAGAAUGACCGCACAUCCUGUGAUUGGGCCUAGUGAUGUCAUGAUGCAUUUUAUUUCAUGUACAGACGAAAAGCUCUGGAAACAAGGGAAGAGGAAGGCAGAGAAGGAUGAAUAUUUAGGAGCAGCUUUCUACCAAAACAUUGAACCCCCUUCCAAUAAUCUAGACCUUGCAACCAUUGAGAGGCAGCACGACACGUUCACGCGGUUUACCAAGAGCUUUGACACCAGUGUGGCACAGAUAUCACAAGUUAUACACGACUACAGCAAGAAACACUUAGGACCUUUCAAGAGAGAAUACCAGAAAAUCGGCAAUUCCUUCACAGAGUUAGCAACGACCUUUAACCUCGAUAACAGGCCGAACCCUCAAGGAACCGAUGAUCCGCCACAAGAAUCCGUUCAACUGACGGAAGCACUCAACUUCACCGGAAAGACGUACGAGGAGAUCGGACAGCUGUUCUACGAGCAACCAAAAUACGACCUUCAUCCGUUUGAAGAUUUCUUGAAGGAAUAUGGCGGAAUGAUGUCAUGCUUUCCAGAUAUGAUACACUUUCACAAGCACACGAUACAGACGGUUAAAGAAUGUCAGAAGCAGCGAGAAGAACAGAAGAUGGAUUUUGAGGAAGCCGAGGCCGUCAAGCGACGAGCUGAUGUCAUCUCUUAUGCAAUGAUGGCGGAGGUGAACCACUUUCAUCGGGAGCGUGUAGAAGACUUUAAGUGGAUGAUGCAAGUCUACUUGAAGGAACAAAUCAAAUUUUACAAGAGCCUCACGAUCAAGCUGGAAGAGGCCCUUCAAAAGUACGACGAACUUGAUCGGUAAAACCAUCUCAAAUAUCUCACGCAAGAAAGGAAUGAACUUAUAGCGACAGACCCGGAGUGCUUCGGUCUGUGGCGGAACUCGCUCGCUCGCUUGCUCGCAUGCCAUGGUGUUAACUCUUGAUACUUUCAUCUAUCAUUCAAUCAUUAAACGGAUGACACAACAGAGAAUAUACUGCCUUGAUCAGGAUGGAGGGAUGUAUAACUCGGACAGAACCAGAUGAGGAACCGUGCCAUUAAGCCCAGGGGGGUGUUUCACAAAGAUUCGAGCAUGACUUCGAGCCGUACCGAAAUGCCGACGCAUGCACGAUACGAAACGCGCAAUCUUAUUGAUCGAUUCGCCGUAGUGCGCAUUCUCAUGGCAUGAUCUGACCAAUGCGGUGAUGUCUUGUAUACCGCACGUAACUAGGCAUUUUAGUCAUACUGAACUCUUUGUGAAUCACCCCCCAAAUUUAUGAAAUCUGGGCCCUGUUGCAUAAAAAUGACGAUAAUGGUAAGUGUGCCAUUUGGUGCUAACUACCAUGGUAACACUGAUAAACAGCCAAUCAAAAUCCAGGAUUCCAUGAAAGAUACAUGUACCAUUGCAUGGCAAAGCUACACGUACCGUCAUGGUAACCUUUAUGUAGAGGGAUCCUGGGCUGGGCCUGUGAGUUAUCCGUAAAGUUAUGAAUGAUUUUGCGCAAAACUAAUACUUACCCUUUCAAUUUGUGCAUUAAGUCAUGCUUUAGACUUACUGACCAGCUUUAAGAAAAGCUUGAAGCCUGAAAAUAUCAACUAUUAUAAUUUACGUUUGUUAUUUUCAGUUUAAGUUUAUUGGAGAAGAUAUAUAUAUACAUAUUUCAAUACAACUGGAUAUUGUAUACAUUUUUUUAUGAUAUCGCCGUCACAGUAACUUCUUCACAUGGAUCUAAACUCUUGAUUUGCGAUCUUCUCGAUUUUCUAUAAUCACUGAUUCAUGGCUUUUUCAGUGUUUGAAAUGUUUUUUGAGGAUCCAUCCUUCUGAAUAUUUGAAGAUGGUAUGUUAAAGCAUGUGUGGGAUUUAACCCAUACCCCCCCUUCCCCCCCAAAAAAAGUAAUUGUUGUGAAUUUGCCUAUUUUAGUAACUUCUGUAGGAAUUCGGCGGCACAGCUAUCUACCAAAUUAUCGUACAACAUAUUACGUAAGGAACUUUUUUUAUUUUAGUUAAUCAGUCAUGCCGCUACAGUUGUUGACCUUAUAGACAGUAAUUACUCUCAGGUCCUUUUUGGUUAAAGUGUAGGCAAUAGCUGAGUGGGGACUUGAACUAAUAACCUCGUAAUCAUGAGUCAGAUGCUCUAACCACUAGACCACAUGGCCGUCAUCUUGGAUUACUGUAAAUACUCUCGGGUCCUUUUGUGGUUUAAGUUUAGGCAAUAGUCGACUGGGGAUUUGAACUUGCAACCUCGUAAUCAUGAGUCAGAUGCUCUAACCAUUAGACCACAUGACCGUCAUCUUGGAUUACUGUAAAUCCAUAUUAUUUCACAAGAAUCUGUUGAAGUAUCCAAACACUGCCAUGACGUAAUAGUCACCAGAGUACUUAAACCACUCCAAUGCCUUCGACUCUAGCCUACUUCUCAAAAAUUAAAUUGUAACCCGCGGAAAAAGAAUGACUCAUUUCUGAGGAGCUAAUUUCUCUAAUUUUUACUAUAUGAAUACCAAAUUAGUAUCUUGGCCUUUUGCAGAGAACAUUCUUCGGCAACUUAUGUUUGGUUUAGGGAUGGUAGCGACCCGUAACACAAAGGUUAGCGAUUAAUCGUACGCUUGAUUUUCGUGAUGGAUUGUACCUUGUAGACAAUGCAAUCAG